UAAAAAAUAAACAUAAGACGAUGGAAAAAGAUUUGAUUUUAACUAUUUCUAAAUAAAAUGGGCUGAUGAAUUGUGACUUAUUUUUGUGAUCGCACGUCUCAGUAAUAUUAACAAGCAACAUUAAAAUUAAAAAAAAACUAAAAUAUGAAUGUGAUCGACCAAAAGCCCAACCACAAUGAUUACGGGGGAGCAUACAAUCGAUUCCACCGCCGGAUGGACAUAUACAGAUCCCACCAUGAGCAGAACUACAAAAAGUACCUGCCAGUCUGGGCCGAGGAGGUCAAGUUGCGGAGGGAGGAGACCAACCAACUGUACAAGCGAUGGCUGGAGCAGCAGGCGAAGACUAGCAGUGGUGGGAAGUCUUCCAAAGUUGACACAAGUGGUUCUGCCAGUACUGGUGUCACCAAGAAAGUGAAGAGAAAGUUGUCAAACAACGAAGGAAAUCAAACAGCGGGUAGUGCUCCAAUAGCUAGUACUGGCAGUAAUAAUCCCUUGAACUUUAAUAAUCAGUCCAAUGUAGAUAAUUUUCGAAAUACUUUCAAACACAAUAAAAUAAGUAAAAUGAAUCCUCACCCAAUUCAAGAAUUCAAUUUUCAAGCAAAGGUACUUCAAAAUAGUGUGAACAAUUUGAAAUCAAACCACCACAACAACUCCACCAUAAACAUUCCUGAGGUCUGCAACAUGAACAAAAGUUUGAAGGACCAACCAUUCAUCAACACUGCUCCUAUGCCUGCUGCACUUAUGCUGCCCACAGUACCAACACCUGCUGAGAAUUCCAUGGACAACAAAAUGCUGGAGGAGGAUUUUGAUGACAUAAAGGAUCUGUUUGAGUUCCUCAACUCAGAUGAAGACAUCCCCGAAGAUAUUUUGCGAGGUAGCGAAAAGGAGAUCAUGCCGCAGAACGAUGAUUCCUUUGGUAUGAAGGUCACUGAUCAUGAUGAUGCACUUUCAAACCCUCUAUCAGGGUAUCGAUCUUAUAUCCACAAUUUCCUCGCUGAAUCAACUUCCACAGAUUUCAUUCCCAAUCUGAAUGAAUCAAAUCAAAAUGAUUGUUACAUCCCAUCCACCAACCAUGCAACAGCUUCUGGUUACGCAAAAGAUGGUGCUAGCAGUUUGAUGGGUCUUGAUCCUAAAACCUCUGCCAACACAUCAUCCACUGCUCUUGAAGGUUCAACAAAAAACUCUUCCCCACAACAAACCACAAAUUUAAACUUCAACAACAUGAAUGUAACUGAUGCCAGUGCAAACUUCAGAUCAGGAUUGAAGGGGAGUCCAGUGAUUGAUAGUAACAAUAGGAGCAACAACAACAGUGCAUACAUGAAUUCUAUGUCUCAAUAUUCUGUCGGUCACCUGAAUGGCCAGGAAACCAUUUUUCUGCCUCGUUACAAUGACGUCAUUAUUGCUGACCAAUCGGUCUGCAGUAGCAGUAACAACGACUUAGGCAUGGGUGCUGAUGUUAAUUUCAACAACCCUAACAAUAACAAUCACAACAGCAAUGCGAAUGUUAACAUUAUUAACAACAUGUCAAAUGUUAAGAUGUCAAACAACUUGAAUCUUCUUAACAGUAGCCCCGUGAACAGCACCACAAGUUCAAAUAACUGCUUUUAUCCAAAUCAAUAUUACCACCAUCAACAACAACCUGCUUUCAACCAAAACAAUUUCUACAAUGCUGACCAAGAUGUGGCAUACAUUAAUAACCUUCAACACAACAACACAGCUAUCCAAAGCAAUUACUUCACCGACAGCGGUGAUCAUAACGGCAACAACGUUUAUCCCAUCAUGUCACAGAGAGAAAAAGAUUUUUCAAACACUGGCGCCUGCUCCUACAACUUCGAUCCACCAUCUUCUAACUUCUUCCACAACUCUUAUGGCAGUUCCUACAUUAACAACGCAUCCAGUUACGCCAACAACGUCAACAGCAUUACUGGCAAUAAUAAUAGUCUCGACUUGCAAUACAUGUCCUACCAAGGUACUGGCACUACGUGGGUGAGUGAAGUUAAUGCUGCCGGCAGCACACAGGAUCAACAAUAUGUCAGUCAGCACCCCAACACACUUUCCAACAAUAAAUACACUAGCCCGUCCGCAAGCAAUGCAUGUAGUAGUGAGAGCAUGUUACAAAUGCUGCAACAACCGUACAGAAUUCAACAACAACAAAUACAACUACAACAGCAAGCGCAGCAGCAGCAACAACAACAGCAACUUCAGCAACUGACCACAAGUUAUCAAUACAAUAUCAACAACAACAACAAUAACAACACAAAUAACAUAGGUAAUGACUAUUAUAAUGGUGGUAGUGCCAACACAAUGAUGAUGAUGUCACUGAGUACUAACAACACUCUCAUCAACAAUGCUAACAUGAAACAUUAUCACCACAUCACGCCACUCACAUCAUCUUCAUCGUCAUCAUCAUGUCAUGUUCCUUCGUCAUCAUUGUCGUCGUCAUCAUCAUCAACCUCCCAAUGUCUCGACCAAAGUUCUGAAAGAGUUUUGAGUAUGAUUGAUGACAUUAUCAAUGGCAAAAAAUGA